GACUAUGGCGAUUUUGAACGCGACUUUGAAGUCGCAGAAACAGCGUAUUGGAAGAGGGGCAACUAUUGCCAAGAAAACUUUGAAAGUCUCCCAAGAACUCUUGGUUGACUUGAAAGCUGGAAUUUUCCAACCGGAACUGAAGCGUGACGAGAUCCUGAAAACUCGUGCCGACGUGGUGGGGAUUUUGGAAUUUCUAGAGAAUAUUGAAAAUUGGAUCGCGGAGGAGAUCCAACAGGACGCUGAAACAUCAGCAAAUGUGGAGUUGGUGGCUCAGUACACUAAAUCCAUGAAAGAGCAUGCGACUCUGAAAGAGUAUGAAGUGCUAGCGAAAAGAUUGAAGUUGAUGAAAACGGGACUGGAAGAUGUCAUUAAAAACCAAGAAGAUUGGCAAUCAUUGCCAGCGACUCCGAUUGGAAACAAUGACGGAGAUGAUCAAGACAAUGAUCCAAUGUCCGACGAAGCUCCAACUGUGACAGGGUUGAAUCAGGAAAGUGAUCAAGUGGGACCCAAUCAAGUUACUCUCAAUAUGGAGUUAAUUCUAGCUAGUAUCAAAUCUCUUGAAGAUAGAUUUAAAACUAUGGAAUCAAUUCAGGGAACUGCAAAGGCGACCAAAUGUGGAAAAGUUGGGUCUACGACCAAAAGUAAUUCUGCCAACACGAAAGGAAAAGGAUCGGGUAGCCGAAAGAAGGAUUACACUCAGUCAGAAGACAGUAGUGAGGAUUCUGAUUCGAGUCAAAAUUCCAGCAAAUAUUUGACGGAUGCGUUUGAAGUCAGUGAAAGAAGUGAUACGUCUGAUUCUGAAGAAGAAUCAAAGGCGAGAACUUCUAGAAACACGCGCCCUCAAAAACGCUAUCUGAAGAUGAAGCUCCAAGAGCCUAAAAAAUUUGAUGGAGUCAACAAGCUCGAAUACGAAGAGUGGAAAGUAAUUUUCAUGGAGGGAUACGGAGAAAAUCCUGAUCUCACGAAAAAAUCGAAAUUGAUCCAAUUGAAAGGAUGCGUGACUGGAAGAGCCCAAUCAUUGUUGAACGGUCUUCAAAUCACCGACAAAAAUUACAAAGUGGCCUGGAAAAUUCUGGAUCAUAACUUUUUGUCGAAUGCUCGACCAUUGGAUGAAAUUGAAAAGAGAUUCAGAAACGCCAAGAUUGAUCAGAAAAACUAUGAUCAGAUGAAACUGGACGUAGGUACUAUCACAUCAUUGGUAUAUGAUAUGAAGCAUCGUGGAAUGAAUGUGGAUAGUCCAUGGAUUUAUCAGUCAAUAAUUGGGAAGCUACCUGCUCACAUCGCGGAGGACAUUCUUAUCAAAACUCAAAGCUCAAAAUUCAAUGGCGAAUUCCAUAAAGUUGAGAGAUGGAUCGAUAGAAAAAUCAACGCAAAAAUGGCCAUCAAUGAGUAUCGAAAUGAAAAGAAAGGUCCAAAAGAUUUUGAAUUGGAAAAUGAUGUGAACCAGUUGGAAGCAAAAAAUGAGAAGGGUAACCCCAAAGAAAAUGGUCAACAGGGGUUUCGGAAAGAGGGAGGCCACCCGGGACAAAAAGGCCACAAUAAAUCUACAUGCAGAUUCCACAACAAAGGAGAAGACAACGGACAUCCAUUCUGGAAAUGCUCCAAAUCUGGUGAAGAAAUUCUUGACAUUGCCGUCAAACAAGGACUUUGCUUCAUGUGCUUCAGCAAUAAGCACAUCAGCGACGAAUGUCGGAGAGACAAGCUCAAGUGUCAAAAGUGUAAACGUGGACACAAUACCAUCAUCCACGGACCAGUGGGAAAAUGGUUCAGAGCAAACCAGAAGCCAAGACAGGAACCUCAGCAGUGGAACUACAAGCCAGGAACACACGGAUACCUUCAGCAACAGGCAGGCGCAAACGGCGCUGGCCCGAGCGAGUCUCAUUAGAGACCCGCUCGAACAAAACCUUAUCGCUCCGAAAGGAGCGCAACAGUCAGCAGCUUAUGCUGCUGACAAAGAGCCUGACAACACCAGGGCUCUAUGUGAGGGGGGUGACGACAUCGAAGAGCACGAAAUUUCAGCUCUUGAUGCAGAAUUUUCCAGAAAGGGAGAAAUGGCUUAUUUACUUUUGAAAACCACAAAUGGAAAUGAGUUAAUUGGUUUAAUUGAUACAGGAGCAAAUUGUUGUCUAAUUUCUGAAGAAUCGGCAAAAAGAAAUAACCUAGUAGUGGAAAAAACUGUUAGAAUGAGAUUGAAAGGAGUUGGUAGUGAUGACGUAUUUGUUUCCAACAUUUACAAAGUGCCAUUCAAUAAUAAAAUAUUGUACGCCAAAAGUUAUAACAAACUUACAUCAAAAGUCAGAACUUCCAAACUUGAAAAAUUUGAAAUUCAAAUUCUUGAACAAAUGGGAAAAGAUACGAGUGCACUGGAAAAGUUGCAUAACAGCAAUGGGAAAAUAAUUGACAUGAUUUUAGGUACUGAUAUAAUUUGGCAACUUUUUGAAGAAGCUGAAUUCAAAAGAGUGAGCAAUGAGAAAACCCUUGUGUGUACAAGCUUGGGUGAAUUCAUUAUUCCGACUAGUUUCAGAACAUUGAGAGGAGAAGAAAUGGGUGAAGAAGUGUACACGAGCGAAGCAUGGAUAGAGGAAGAAUUUGACUCGUGCAAUCAGAUAACAGAGAUGGAAGAAGAUGAAGCUGAUUUAUCUUCAACAGCUCUUGAAAAGAUGUGGAGGUUAAACGUCUUAGGACUCGAGACUCCAGAAUUGGCAAAAGAAGAACAGUCUCACAUGGAAGACGUUUUGGCAGAAUUCCAAAAAACAGUAACAUGGGAAAACGGAAAUCUUUUGGUGAAACUGCCCAUGAAUGGAAGUGAAAUUCAUUUAGAGAACAACCUACCGAUUGCAAUGCAACGAUUGAAAAAUCAGUUCUAUAAACUUACAUGAUCUCCAGAAGUUAUCAAAGAAUAUUAUGACAUUAUCCAAAAACAAUUGAAGUCAGGUUUUGUUGAAGUUUGUAGUGACAUUCCACCAAAAAACAGAUGUUUCUAUAUUCCACACAUGACUGUAGUGAAACAAGAUUCAAAUACGACAAAGUUAAGAAUGGUGUUGGAUGCAAGUUCUCAUAUGAAAAACAAGUUGUCUCUUAAUCAGUGUAUCAAAAGUUCACCAUCAAUAAUAAAGCUAAUAACUGGAAUUUUGAUGCGAUGCAGAGCUGGAAAAUUUUAUAUGACGAGUGAUAUUGAAAAAGCUUUUCAUCAAAUUCGGUUGCAAAAAGAUGACAGAGACUUCACAAGAUUCGUUUGGGUAAAGGAUCCGUCCAAAGGACCUGUUACAGACAAUUUCAUCACAUACAGAUUCACAAGGAUUCCAUUUGGAUUAUCAUGUUCUCCGUAUUUAUUAGCGGCAUCUAUCCUAACGUACAUGGAAAAAUAUCCAGCUGAAAUCAAUAAGCAUUUGGAACAAAACUGUUAUGUUGACAAUAUGAUGUUCACAACGAACAAUGAGUCUGAGUUAAUAAAUAUGUACAAGGAGUCUAAGGAAGCAGCAAAAAAGUGGGGAAUGAACCUCCGAGAGUAUCAAACCAAUUCGGAAAGUACAUCUAGUGCUAUUCCAGAGAUGGACAGAGCUCCACAAAAGCCCAACAAAAUUUUGAGUCACAUAUUUGAUGCUCAAAAAGACACGAUGACUCUGAAAAUUCCGGUUCCUCCCAAGGAUCAAAGACCAACAAAAAGAGAAUUACAAUCGUUUCUAGCAAAGUUUUAUGAUCCAAUGGGAAUUCUUACACCACUGACUGUAAGAUUGAAAUUAUUUCUGCAAUCUCUCUGGCCUACAAAGAUCAAUUGGAAACAAAAGAUUCCAGAAGGUACAGAAAAGAUUUGGGAAACAAUUCGGAAACAGUUCCAACAUCAACAGUUCACGUUCGCAAGAACAUUGACACAAAAUUUUGAUUUCAUCAGGUCAAAGCUCAUAAUUUUCAGCGAUGCAUCCAAAAAUAGUUACGGACUAGCAGCAUACAUCAGAUUCGAAUAUCCCGACAAAACUGUUAAAACAUCCUUGAUUAUGGGAAAAUCCAGAGUGAAACCGUUAAACAAAGAUGUGCGGUAUACAAUUCCAAGAUUGGAAUUACUCGCCUUGGCGACUGGCACAAAUUGUGCAAUUUACAUUCAAAAAGAGCUUCAUACAAAUAUUCCAUUUGAAUCAGUAGAGUUCUUCUCGGAUUCAAUGAUUGCUCUUGCCUGGACAACCACUCAGAAACCACUGAAAAUCUUUGUCAGCCAUCAAGUUCAGCUGAUAAAAGAGAAUUGCAAAAUGUUGGGUGAUCUAGAGAUCAAUCAUAAACUACAUUAUGUUCGCACAGAAGAUAAUCCAGCGGACAUGACAACUCGAGGAAAAAGUUCUAAUGAAUUAUUCGAGUCGAAAUUGUGGUUUCAGGGCCCAGAAUUCUUGAAUAAAUCAGAAACAGAAUGGCCACAACAGUGGACAGACAAUUCUACUAUCCCAAAAUGUAUUGCCAAUGAGAUAGAUGAGGAAACAAGUGGUGAAAAAAAGAAAAGAAGUAUUGGAAAAGCUGAAGAAUACAUGAUCAAUUUGUCAACAGCUACCGAAGAAAACGAAGAAACUCUUCCAUUCACUUCCACAGUACCGUAUGAAAAAACGAAUUCAUUAUUCAAACUUAUCAGAAGUACCAAGGCUGUCAUGAAAGCAGCAUCACUUUUCAGAAAGAACGCUGGUAAGCAGUGUACAGGAAAAUUACUGAGAAAUUUUUCAGCAGCUAAAGAUGGAGUGGAAGGAAACGAAGACAGACGAAAGUCUGCACUGUAUUACUUAAUUAUUGAUCAUUACAAAGAUGCAGACUCAAAAUCAGAAUUCAAAAUUGCAGCAGAUCUCAAACCAAUGAUGGAUAAUUUUGGCUUGAUAAGACAUAAUACGAGAUUAGACAAGUCUAAUUUACCACGAGAUACAAAAUUUCCAAUUAUUCUGUUGCGAGAUCACAAGCUGACAGAAAUGAUAAUGAGAGAUAUUCAUUGGAGAAAUAAGCAUAUCGGCACGGAGCAACUCUUCGCUGAGUGUCGGAAGACUUACUGGAUUCCAAAAGGCAGGCAACUCGCAAGGAAAAUUGUGAGCUCGUGCACAGUUUGUCGGAGAGCAGCAGGGAGAAAAUACAAAUAUCCAGAUAUUCCACCUUUGCCGGAAUGCAGAGUACAGAAAUCUAGACCGUUUGAAAGAAUUGGACUAGACUAUUUUGGACCCAUCUACUACAAGGCGAAUGGAGUUGAACGAAAAUGCUGGACAUUAAUUUGUACAUGUCUGGUAACAAGAAAUAUCCAUCUGGAACUGGUUUCAGACAAUGGAACAGUCGAGUUUAUUUUGGCUAUGAGAAGAUUCUUUGCCAGAAGAGGAACACCAAGAAAAGUUUUGCUUGAUAAUGCCAGAACUUUCAAACUGGGAGAGAAAAUUUUCAAUGGAGAUAUUCGAAGACUUGGCUCGGAAUGUGAAGCAUUCACGACCUUCCUGGAUCAGAAUCCAAUGAAUUGGGAUUUUAUCACUCCCUUGAGUCCUUGGAAAGGCGUGAUCUACGAGAGACUGAUUGCAAUUGUCAAAAGACUACUGUACUCGUCCGGAGACACUGCCAAACUAAACUUCGUUCAAUUAUUCACAACAAUGACAGAGAUUGAAGCCAUCGUUAAUUCACGACCAAUUACUCGCAAUUCAGAAAAAUUGACAGAUUCACCAGUAAUUAGACCAGCCGACUUUCUGAAUCCAGGAGUCACUCUCGGAAUAUUACAAGAUGAUGUGAUAGUUGAUGAAGAUUCUGUUGGAAAAGUAGAGCAAUUGGCCAGACUUCACUUGGCAAAAUUGAAUAAUCACCUUGAAGGAUUAUGGAAAGAUUGGGGAGAAUUGUACCUCACACAGCUCAAAGAAGCGCAUAAACAAAACAGGCAAUAUACCAGAGUUGAACCAAAAAUUGGGCACAUUGUUAUAGUAGAAGAAAAACUGCUACCAAGGCACAAGUGGCUACUAGGCCUGAUUAGUGCGUUACACACAGCACCGAAUGGAGAUGUUCGUACCGUAACAAUUCGAUACAACAACAAAGAUCUAGUCAGAUCAGUGAACCAACUGGUUCCUAUUGAAAUGAAUGAAGGUCUUCAAGACAUUGAAAUCAAUCCGCAAGCAGAAGCAGCAUCCAAAACUGAACCAUCGAAUCCAAAGAAUUCAGAGAAUUCAGAACAAACUGAGCACAAAUCUUCAAAUGACGAAUGUGCACAGCCAAAAAUUGAAGAAGUUGAUACUGAAUCGACUGAUGAGUGUGAUCUCAGAGAGAGAUUACCAAGAAAAGCGAAACUCGGAGUUACUUAUUACAACUGUGAUCUGGUCUCCACUAAUAUUGCUUCGGAUAUAAUUGGAAAUAAGGAUUCUAUGAUACCGGUUGAAAACCCACUUGACCAAGAUGUCCCUUCAGGCCAUCUUUUUGGGGCCGGGAGUGUCGCGAACGCGGAGAACCAAGA